ACCAGGCUGUGCACAAAUAUUGCACUGACAGACGUACGCACUGCCAACAUUUUUGAUAGGCCCUAUUUUGUUUUCCUAAGCAUGACACGUCUAAAGUCCACGUAAACUGUUCAUGUUACUGUGAUCCCCCGGCAAGGUUGUGGCGAUGUGCACAUUAUGCAAGACUAACAGAGGUAUGGUCCUGUCUUCGGGAAAGGUUUUUCUGCGGUGAAUUUGGGGUAGGCAUGGAGUCGCUGUUGUGUGGCUGUUGCUCCAGAUGCCGACGGCGGGACAGGUCAAGCUCCACAAGGAGUGUCAGAAGUGAGGAGUUGAAUUUGUUGACUGGUCCCUUACCACAUGGGGGCAAUGGUUGGAUACCAGUUAAAGACUAUGAGAGCUUGGAUUACGACAUCUGCCACAAUGCCCCCUACCAGGAAAUGGUGGAACAGGACCGAACGUGGACAAGCCGCCAUUUGAACCUGAUGCGCUGGGUCGUCACCGCGGCCAUCGGGGUCGGCACGGGACUAGUUGCCGUUUUCAUUGACGUCUGUGUCAACUUGUUGAGCCACUUGAAAUACAGCACUGUCAAAGAUUCAAUCUUUGUCUGCAUGGAGGACGGCUGCCUUGUCCUAUCUCUUCUCAUCCUGCUGGGAUUCAGCGCAGGCUUUGUACUGAUUGCCAGCGUACUCGUUGCAAUAGAGCCUAUCGCAGCAGGGUCGGGUAUCCCCGAGAUCAAAUGUUACCUGAACGGUAUCAAGGUCCCCCACGUCGUCCGCCUGAAGACGCUCCUCUCCAAAGCUGUUGGUGUCCUCUUCAGUGUCUCUGGCGGCUUGUUUGUGGGCAAAGAGGGUCCUAUGAUCCACAGCGGAGCCAUCGUCGGUGCUGGAAUCCCCCAGUUCCAGAGCAUCACCUUCCGCAAGCUCAAGUUCAACUUUCCCUAUUUCCGGACGGACAGGGAUAAAAGGGAUUUCGUCUCCGGAGGCGCAGCGGCAGGUGUUGCGGCUGCCUUCGGCGCUCCCAUCGGAGGGGUUCUGUUCAGCUUGGAGGAAGGCUCUUCCUUUUGGAACCAGUCGCUGACGUGGAGAACGUUUUUCUGCGCCAUGUGCGCCACGUUUACGCUGAACUUGAUGCUGUCCGGGCUGGAUUACCAGCAGUGGGGGGCUAUGGACCAACCUGGUCUCAUUGAUUUUGGCAUCUUUGACAGGUGCGACAAAGGUAGCUCGGACAACUGUAACCUGUGGACGGUGCUGGACCUACUCAUUUUCAUCGUGAUGGGUUUUGUGGGUGGACUCUUGGGGGCGCUCUUCAAUUUCCUGAACACCAAGUUGACUGUCUACAGGAUGAAGCAUCUCGGCAGUCGUCGGAAGUUUGUCAGGGUGGUAGAGGCUCUCCUGAUCGUCAUGGUUACGGCCUCAGUGGCAUUUGUCGCUGCCAUGACGUUGGGUAAAUGCAAGAAGCUUCCAUCCUCUAAUGGUUCAAGGCCGGGCAACUCUUCAAUGCCCUGGUCCUCCAACGUUACCAAUAGCAACGGCACCGAGCUCACCUUCUUUUGCCCGGAGGGAUACUACAACGACAUGGCCACCCUGUUCUUCAACUCCCAGGAGAUAGCCAUCAAGGAGCUGUUCCACGAAGCUGGCAAGUUCAGCUUGCAGUCCUUGGGCAUCUUCUUUGGGCUGUUCUUCCUGUUGGCCUGUUGGACGUACGGCGCUAUGGUUCCCAGCGGUCUCUUUGUGCCAUGCCUGCUGUGCGGAGCGGCCUACGGGCGAAUUAUUGGCAACAUCCUGAAUGAAUACACAGGAUAUCCGAACAUCAGCAACAUCUACUCGGGGACGUUUGCGCUGAUCGGGGCGGCCUCGUUCCUGGGUGGGGUCGUGCGCAUGACGAUCAGCCUCACGGUCAUCCUGAUCGAGUCCACCAACGAGAUCAGCUACGGCCUGCCCAUCAUGGUCACCCUCAUUGUGGCCAAGUGGUCAGGCGACUUGUUCAAUAAUGGCCUGUACGACAUCCACAUCGAACUCAAAGGCCUGCCGCUACUGGGAUGGGAACCGCCGAGGAAGAUGGAAAGGUUACGCGCCCGCCAGAUCAUGGAGACCAGGCUGACCUACAUUUACCCACACACCCGCGUGCGCUCCCUCGUCAACAUCCUGCGCACCACCAAGCACCACGCGUACCCAGUGGUCACCGAAAACCAGCACAUGAGGGCCGCGACAACGGAAGCCGCGGCAACAGCGCCAAAUAACACGGACGCCACAGUAGCCAGCAAGAACAUGCUAUAUAAGCGGGACAGCACGUUGUCUCGGUCGGAAGAACAGAGGAACCGAUCAUCCUCCGUCCGUUCUGUGGAGAUGCUCCGAGUUCAUCACAUGAGUCGCUUGGCAGCGGACUACAACUUGGCGCGCAGCAGGCAGGACAGCGUGGAGAACACGGAUGAGUUUGAUCGAGUCUCACUCCGAACGGAUCCCAGUGGUUAUCCGAGCUGGUUAGCAGACCUAGAGAGCGUGGACGGCAACGAGGACAUACUGGAUGACUGUCGACCCCUGACCUUUCACGGGGUCAUCCUGAGGACCCACCUCAUCAUGUUGCUGAAGAAGAAAGUGUGCUACGACGAGAACACUUCGAGUUCAUGCCAAGAGGAGCUAUCCUACGGAGAGUUGACGGAGGACUAUCCGCGAUUUCAAGACAUCCACGACAUUGACCUCAACGCCAUCAACCACAACAUGAUCAUGGACGUCACCUCCUUCAUGAACCCUUGCCCUUACACCGUCACCCCGGAAACCCCCGUCUCCAAGGUCUUCAACCUCUUCCGGACCAUGGGCCUGCGACACCUCAUGGUCAUCAACAGCUGUGGCGAGAUCCUUGGCAUAAUCACGCGGCACAACCUGACGGAGGAAUUUCUGGAGGAAAAGCUGGAGAUGUACAGAGACCCGCCCCGGGCUUGCAGCGGUCUAGACGCCGACAGUGGGACGCAGUCCACCCAUUAACAUUCCAGAUUGGUGAUUAGUGUCCCCGGAAGGGAUUUGAUUCUGGGAGGGAGGAUUAAUAGGGGUGGGCAUUGUUGGGGUUUAUUUGGGGGGGGGGGUAGAAGUUCUUCGGUGGGGAUAGGCAAAGCACCCAUCACUAGUAAACCGAUAAACCUCCCUGCCUCUUCCAGUAAGAAGCUGGCCCCCAUCGGCAAAACUAUAAGCAUCAAAAUGAUCUAUUGUUCUGGUGAUGUCUCCCUCCCGCAUGCCCACAGCUGGCAACGGGGGCUGAGGAGAUAUUGUUUUUUUAAAAACUUGUAAAAACUUUUCUUAGAAUACGUUUAAAUUUGUCCAAGUUCGCAUGCCCAUGUUUCGUUUUUGAAGUUUGCCAAUUUGCACCCUUGAGAAACUCUUCAGAUUUUUUUUUUUUACUUUUCAAUUCAAGAAAAAAAAAAAUCAGGAAGAUUACUCAAUGAGACAAGGGAAAAUUUCAAGAUCACAGAUUUCAACUCAUUUGCGUACUCGUAUAUACAACGUACUUCAAGCCACCGGUGAAACAGUUACUUUGUAGCAUUAUUUGUAUAGCAUCAAUGUGUUUAUGUUUGUACACGCUACGGUAUUGCCCUAUUUACUUAAUACACUAUAAAAUCUUUUAUACCAUUGCCCGUUUAUGAGGGCUGAGUGAUUGUUACCAACCUUGCCUUGAGUUAUUCAGUGCCAUAUUUCAUGUUAUGGAUGUAUUUCAGCAAUGCAUCAUUCAACUAUGUCUUUGAUGUUUGAUGCUGAUUAAUUCUUAGUUUUUGUACAAUUCAUACUAGCAAACACCAUGAGCUUGGAGGCUGGUUUCCUCCAUUUGGUGUGAUGACCAUUCUAGGCUGUUGAAACAGUGCUGUAAGGGGUACCGAAGUGAAUACGUCAUGUGCCCACUUGUGUUUGUGAAAGACAUUAGCGUGAGAACCGGCGCGUGAACCAACACUCGCGCAUACUCCAUUCGUUUGUAUGGCACUUCCUCAUAUUCAAAAUGAUUAUCCCACUUCGGUACUCUUUUGGACAACUGUCAUAUAUUGUUCCUAUUUAAGUUCUAGAAAACCAAAACUGAGGAAUAUUAUUUUCAUGUCGCCGAGGUGACUGGUCAUCGCUUUCAGCCUCAUCAUUAGUAUUCACUUCCAAACGUAAAAUGAUUUGUCCAUCGGACAGUUGUAAAGACAGGUUACAAGGGCCAUUUUUCAAGCUCCCACCACGCCGUCCGAUUUUCGGCUGUCUUCAUCUUCAGAAGCCUCCCGUUAGCGACAAGCACCUGAAUCAAAUGGAAAGACUCCGGAUCUUGGCAAUAACAAUUUGUAUUUGACGGGCUGGGACAUUUCAGUGGCUGAAGAAUGGAUCUGUGUACACUUUCGGGGGAAGGGGGAGGGCCCGUGGUUCCCCCCCCCCACUUUUUCAACUGGUGGUUACCCCUCCCCCAUACUGUUGGCAGGUUCUUUUAUUGGGCCGAGGCUUAAUACACCCCCCCCACCCCAGCUCUGAAAACUGUUCUGCUACUGUUGUCCAUGUAUGAGUCUGGUCAAGGGCUUUCAAUCCACAAUCAAAGAAGUUCGAGAAAUGACCGAGGAUGGACAAUGCAAGCAAGGUCACUUAUCUCCCUCACGUGCCUUAUGAAACAAAGUAUUAAAGUGAACACAGAGCAUUGUGAUUUUUGUGACAAUAUGCAAAUUCUUCUGAAUCAUUGUACUGUAAUUGUACUCGCCGCAUCCAGUUCUGAAUAAUGUCUAUUUUUAUACAGUGAUUACCAAAUAUCGAGAGAAAAUAAAAACAAAUUUAUCUCCAACUGU